GUGUAACCUGUCGUCCCAGUCGUCGUGUCUUCCUUGGUGGAGUGUACGUGUGAGUGGGAAUAUUCAUUCAGAAUGAAGUUUCAAAUAUUACUCAAUGAAUAGGACUUGUAAUGUUUUUUGUUUGUUUGUUUGUUUGUGAAACAGUAAAAUAUACAGUAUAUAUAUAUACACAUAGUAGAUGUGCUAUAUGGCUGGGACAUAUGUGAUCCUGGUUGUACUGCUCUCAAUUCUGAAAACCACAGAAGGGAAAGUAGAUGCUCAAGUCACCUGCAUCAUCUCUGAGCACUGCAUCCUUCCCUGUGCCAUGGAACAUGGUGAUGAUGUGGUAAUUCACUGGUACCAUGCUAAAAACAAUGACAAUCCAGUUCAUAGUUAUUAUCAAGGAAGAGACCGACUAGAAUAUCAGGACACAAAGUAUAGCGGAAGGACAUAUUUAUUUACAGACCUGAUAUCUUCUGGAAAUGCAUCACUCUCAUUGACUGACGUCAAGAUACAAGAUCAGGGCAGGUACAAAUGUUACACCAGCACCAAGAAGGGAAAUGACGAGCAGUUUGUAAACGUAGAAGUGGAAGCUGCAUUGACGUCAGUGGAUUUAACAGCGGUCAAUGACAUACUGACAUGCAAGUCGGAGGACAUCUAUCCUGCUCCCACCCUCGCCUGGUCUACUGACCCACCCUCACAGAUACAGCCAGAGAAGGCACCUGAGACACAGGAAAAUGCCCAGGGCUUGUUCUCAAUAUCCAGUAGUGUGCAGAGGACGUCCAACAACACUUAUACCUGCACUAUUACAGCAGGGCAGACCACCCGGACAUCAUCACGGAAACAGCAAAGCCUCCUUGCUGAGGGAGGUGAGGAUCUGACCAUUCCCUGCAGUGUCCCAGAGGCAAACCUCAAAGACUUCACACUCACCUGGCUCUUCAAUGGGGACACAAAAGUCCUCACUUUCGACAGUCGCACGUCAAGUAAAGUGUACGACCGGUGGGAAGGCCAUGUGAAGUACACAGACAAUCAAUCAGUAAUCAAACUUCUCAAGAUGAAUGACCAAACUUUCAGUGGGAAAUACAGCUGUGAAGUUGUUACGACCAAGUCCAGAUACUUUGAACAAACAGACGUCCUUGUGCAGCCUAAAGGCUCUGAAGCUACUAUCGCAGCUGUAACAAUUGUGAUAACAUUAUGCAUAAUAGGCACUAUUAUUGGUAUUGUAAUAUACAGAAAAGUUAAGAGGCCACCUGGAGCUCCUGCAGAAUUACAUGAACUGAAAAAAGGUGAUCAACCUGAGAGUAAAUAGAAGGAGGAAAUAGCCGUCACCGGCCAAUAGUGUGCCAGGACUGGAGUAUGGCCGUUUCCGAUUGGAGCCAAAGGUUCUGGCAGUAAACAGAGGGUAUAGAUCUGCUGGUUUCUAGCCUAAGCUGCCGGGUGAAAUUCAAAUUCCCCGGAAGUUCAGACAGGGUUCACCCAGCCUAGGCUAUUUGUACAUUCAGGUCUGGAUGUCACUAAAAUGCAUUCAUGCGUAAAGCAGAAAAUGAGUCUGGCUAUCACCAUACAAAGCUCAAUCUUUUAAGAUUGAACAUUAGUCUGGGGAGUCUGCGCUUUAUUUUUUACUGCACAUGAGGCAUGAUCAAUGGGCAUAGUUCAAAUGACUCUGUACACUUGGAUAGUCUUUCAACCAAUCAGGCCAGUGAUACGGGUGUGCCUGGUGGAUAAGCCAAUUUGUGAUUGGACCCAGCAAAUGUGGACAGGAUGCAGGAGAGAUAGAUGUGGAGGUUUCCAGCCUGAACUGCUGGGUGAAAUCCAAAUCGCGGGCUGAUCAGGCUGGGUUUACCCAGGAAAUGACCUGAGUCUCAUACUGCUGAGUUUAAUGACAGUCAUUUUAUUAGACCUGAAACUAGAUAGCAGCAAAAUGCCAAUCAGGUUACUCAGGAAGUUAUUUUCACUAAGGGCAAAGCUGUUUUAUUGUUUUCGAUAUAAAAUUUCGAUAUAAAAUUCUGAAUGAAAACCAGUGAGCAUAUAUUAUACAUGCGUGUACAAGUAUUUUUUUAAAUGAUGUUGUGUUUUUUUUUGAUAAUGCUCAGUGUUUUCUGGGUUAACAGAGAGGUACUUUGUGAGCUCUUAUCAGUGAACUUUGGCAUGUUGCUGAACCUGUUUCAUUCUCAGACCUUGAACUAAGUCAGCGAGGGCACAAGUAUCUUUGUAUGUGUCUAAAAACCUCCCACUCAGAUAUUCUCCCGUGGAAAUAAUUUGCUGACUGAAUGUAUCAAUAUCCGGGGAUAAAAGUUUAUGAGAGUAGCCUGCACUUACUCAUUACUGCUUUGUGUAGCACAGUAGUUUUGAAGAGUAUUCCUCAAAGUAUUCACCAAGUCAUCAAACUAUCCAGCUCAAGCACUGCCAAUGAUCUCUAUUAUUUCAAAUGUAAUUAUUGGAAUAGUAUAAUUAACCAGUAAGAGCCUUACGUAAAUCUGGUCAUUUCUGAAGCUAUUACUGUAUUUCUAACACACUCUCAUCACCCCCUGGUGGUCAGAUCUAAAACUGCCUGAAAUUUGAAAAUGAUUGUGCUCACCUUUAUAGUGAAUUCUGUGAAUGUUUACAACCCUAGAAAUCCAUUCUAGUGGAACUUCAAAAACCAAGUUGAACACACUGUAUAAAACAAAUACAGUACAUUAGCCUGACAUGGCUUGUGUGGUUUACAGGACAGUUUCAUGAUGUAAUUCUAAUCAACAAGAUAAGUGGUGAGAGUGUGUUAAAAGUCUCUAAAAAGAAAAGUUAAAGAUUAAUA